AUGGGCAUUUCAUCAUCAACUCUUUCCUGGAAAUAUCGAGGAACUCCCUCAUAUAAGCGACAUCUAUGUCAGCAAAUAAGUCCUUCCACAGACUCAAGAGACCUCAAGUCGUUUAUCAAACCCCUGAUCACGUCAUUCACCACCGAGCUUGAAUAUUCGCCCGUUGCACCAACGAAUAAUGACGCUCUUUGGAAAGCAAUGUGCUUGUAUGCAAAUGGAACGGGCGUCUCGUAUGACGAAGGAACCCAUUCAGGGACAUGUUUCAAGAUAGGUUUCACAUAUCCAGUUGUAUGCUUCCCUCAUCAUCCUGUCGAGGUGCAGACAUAUAUCGGCAUCUAUUCCUGGCUCGGGCUACUCCUCGAUGAUGAAGCUGUCACUCAUCCAGAUGACUUCGAAAUGUUCCACCAAAGGUUUUGUGCUGGUGAGAAGCAGCCUAUACCUUUGCUACAGGGCUGGGCGGACCUCAUGACUUUAGUGUUUGAACACUGGGAUCCCUUGGUCGCUAACUUCAUUAUAACCGCUUCUUUGAACUUCCUGAACGCAAACGCACUCCAGGCUAGGGAAGAUUUUACUCACAUUGAGCGAACAAAGGCUGGGCGUAGCUGGGCGUGGUUCAUUCGAGAGAAGGAUGGUGUGGGAGAGGCUUAUGCUUGGUUUACAUUCCCAAAAGCACUGUGCGGUGAUAAAUCACGCUUCAUGGAGGUGAUACCCGAUCUCUCUAUGUGGAUUGGCCUCACAAAUGACAUACUAUCUUUUUGGAAAGAAGAGCAGGCCGGAGAAAAGCACAAUUAUAUCCAUACCAGAGGAUGGUAUGAUGAUAAAGACACUUGGUCUACUUUUGAAGAUAUAGUCGAUGAUGUGAGGUUGAAAACCCGCAAUAUGCGACUUGUGCUCAAGGGUAGGAACCCAUACCUGCAACUAUUGAACAGCCAUCUACUGGGAUACAUUGCCUUUCACAAACUCAACACGCGGUAUAGGCUAUGGGAGAUCGGCUUGGGAGAGUGA